GCAAGAUUUAUUACAAAUCAUACUAGCUCACUGUUUUAUUAAAUUAUUGACAACAUAAGAACGAAUGUAUUCGAUGGAAUUCAUUACAUCACAUUGUUUGAGGAAUUUUGUGUUCCUUCUGGUAUUUUCUUCCGUUACUUCGGCAGAAAUGAGCACGAAGACCAAAAUCUAUAGCUUGCUGACACCGGUUUUUACAAAAUGUCGUCAACAAGUAAACCCAGGCAUGGCUGUUGUGGUGGUCAAAAAUGGCAAUGUUGUUUUUGCAGAAGGAUUUGGUGUCGAGGACUUAAAGACUAAACAACCAGUGACCACAAGAACCUUAUUUGGUAUCGGGUCACUGACGAAAGUGUUUACCAACUUACUGAUCCAAAAAUACUUUGGCGAGAAUUCCAGACACAGUUUGACCACAACAUUAAGACAUCUCUUUAGGAGAAGCGACCUCUUCAAUUACUCGGAAAUUCGAACGUUUUAUGCGAACACACUAGAUUUGAUGACUCAUAGAAUGGGCUUCCCGAGUCAUAACUACCUGCGGCUUGAUAAAACAUUAAAUAGGAAGAAUGUACUGGAACGUAUACAGAAAUUCGAACCUCGUGGAAGUUUUCGAGACAGUUUCUUCUACAAUAAUAUUUUGUAUGGGCUUCUCACGAACAUGGGUGAACGAUUGGGUGGAAAACCUUGGGAGGAGCUGAUAAAGCAGGAAUUCUUUGAGCCUGUUGGUAUGACUGAUUCUAGUUUUUUUACAACGAUGAAUCCGAAUCUCAUCAACAUUUCAACUGGAUACAUACAGGAAAAUGAACAUCUUUAUCCCGUUUCUUUUGAGCUAUUAAGAAAAUGGACCGAGUUAUGCGGUGCUGCUUGCAUAACAGUCAGUGCUGAUGACAUGGCACAAUUUAUAAAAUUCCUGUUAAACGAUGGAAUCACUGACUCUGGUAAAAGACUCGUUGGAAAAGAAGAGAUGAAGGACAUGUUCCUCUCUUGGAAUCUUUUGCGAUCAUCCAAGAUUGAAGAAUAUUUCACAACUACAAAAGGAGUACCUUUCUCAAGAGAAUACACAGGCUAUGCUCUUGGUUUAAAGACUGGAAUAUACAGAAAUCAUAGAAUUUUGGAAGAAAUGGGGGAUAUUUUCGGAUACAGUUCAAUACUGACCCUCUACCCCGACCAGAACUUGGGCAUCUUUAUCGCCAUGACUGGCCAAGACAAGGACGAUUUGUUCCGGAUCUCUGUCAGUUCCUACCUCGCUGAUUUAUACAACAAUCAGGAACCCUGGCUAAACGCCUCCACUAUAUGUACCUUCCCAGAACCUUUCAACAAAAAGCCUAUCAGGAAAAGAAGUGAGAAGACUUAUAAAGAAAUUCCUCUUGAUAGACCAGCAAGUGAUUUUGUUGGAAAAUACCACAAUGAUUUAUAUAGGGAUAUUACAGUCACGGAAAAUAAUGGUUCGCUAAAACUUCAGUAUGGAUAUGUCGUCUUUGAUUUGAUUCGAAGAAAUUCUAAAUCCUAUAAAUUCAACAUGAUAAGCACGGGAAUUGCGUCCCAUGCUUUCAAAAAGAGAUCUGUGGAAUUUGAAGCAAGUGAUUUGACUAGACCAGGCUACAUAAAUAUGGCACAUUUACGGCAUUUCGAGAAAAGUGAUUUCAUCAGACAACCACACUUGACCUAUGUUAAACCGGAAGAUAAUAAAAUGAGCAAGGAAGGCAUCUUAGAUACUACAUUACAGGCGACAUUUGAGGCUUGUCGAUGGAAUCAAAAUCCAGGCAUGGUAGUAGCAGUUGUUAAAGACGGAAAGACUGUCUUCUCUAAGGCGUAUGGUUACAAGGACUUGGAAUCUAGACAAGCAGUGACAUCAAAAACUGUUUUUGGAAUUGGUUCUUUGACAAAAAUAUUUGCCAAUCUUCUUAUACAAAAGUAUAUGAGUAAUGAUACAAGAUAUGACUUGAACACUACACUUCGACAUCUUUUUGGUAACAAGGAACUUUUCAAAAACUCUUUUCUUCUCUCCCAGUUUGUGAAUACUCUUGAUGUAAUGACCCACAGAACGGGUUUAAGACCGUAUAACUACCUCCGACUAGAUAAAGAUCUCAAACGGGAGAAAGUCAUAGAACGUCUUCAGCUUUUAAAAACAGAGGGUGGAUUCCGCGACCAUUUUAGAACAAACAAUCUCAUGUAUGGAGUAUUAACGUACAUGGGAGGAGACUCAUGGGAAAAUCUUGUAAAAAAGGAUAUUUUUGCUCCACUAGGGAUGAAUUCUUCUUCAUUUUUUACCGAACUGGAUCCGGAUGUGAUUGAUGUUGCGACAGGAUAUGUCUUAGAUGAAGGGAUUCUACAUCCUGUGUCUUUCCAAUUUUUGCGACAAUGGACGGAACUCUGUGGUGCGGCUUGCAUAUUGAUGAGUGCGGAAGACAUGGCGAAAUUUAUGAACUUCAUGUUAAAUGAUAGAAAGACGGACUCGGGCAUCCGUUUGAUGGACCGAAAGAAGAUAGAAGAUUUCUUUUUGAUAUGGCAACAACUGCAGUCCUCACGUACAGAGGACUAUUUUGUAAAAUCCAAAGGGGUCCCGUAUUCUAGAACAUACUCAGGAUACAGCUUGGGGUUCAAUGUUGGGAAAUAUAGAGGUCACAGAAUACUAGAGGAGGCGGGAAACCUCUUUGGUUACCGGUCACUUAUAACGCUUUUCCCAGACAAACACUUGGGUAUUUUUAUCUCAGCAACUGGUGAAGACGACGACGAAAUGUUCCGGAUUUCAGUUAGUUCCUAUAUAAGUGAUCUUUAUAAUGAAGAGGAACCCUGGCUUAACUCUACCAUGCUUUGUAACUUUCCACAACCUUUCAUGCCCCACCCUGUCAAGAGACGCCCCACUUACAUCCCUAGAGACAUUCCGCUAGAACGCCCGGUUGAGGACUACACGGGGACAUAUUUCAAUGAAGUGUUUCGUGACUUGUUGAUAACGUCCGAAAACAACCAAUUAAAACUUACCUAUGGUUACGUCACCUUUGAUCUUCAGAAGAAAGCGAAAAAUUCUGAAAAAUUUUACAUGAUCGCUCAAGGGUCUGCAAAACAUGUUCUUCAGACAAAAUUCCUUCAGUUCCGAGAAAGUAAGAUAAAUGGUACAGACACUAUAAAUGCAGUGUAUCUCAAGAGCUUCGAAGAUAGUGAAUUUGUUAAAUUGCCGGACGUUGACAUACUAUCUAACCACUUCGACUUCCUCUGACAAGCUAGCGAAGAAUUCAGGAAAGAUUUUGGGGUAUUACUUUACAAAAAAUAUCUCUCAGGAUAAAGAAAUAUUACCGUUGCAGUGUUGCCUACACUUUAUAAAACCGCGUACAGUUGCAUAUAGUAGUACAUUGUUAAUGUAAAUAAAAUCACGAAAUAAAAA